CACAGUUCGGCGCAUGCGCAUAUACAGUGGGUUGGUCAUAUUCCUAGUCUAGUGUCAGCGAUCUCUAGAAGUGAACCGCUGUGUACGUUGAAAAAGGUUUGGGUUUUUUUUGUCUGUUUAUUAAGACUGACGAAAUAUUGGUUGUCAUGGAUACGAAGGAAAGUAUGAAGAUGGAACCUGUUUACAUUAAAGAAGAGGUUAUAGAGGAAGAGUGCUUUUGCAUUCCGAAGCGGGUAACAGAGCAGACGUCUGUACGAGAGGAAGACCCUGAACUGAGAGCUGUCCAUAUUAAAGAGGAGGCCCCGGAGCUAGACCCUGAGUCUGAGCAGUGCAGCGACGAUUCUGCUCUACUGGGCAGUGUGCACAUUAAAGAACAGGAUACCUGCUCUUCUGCUGAAGAGGAGGGCCAAGAUCUGGAGUCCGUGCAGGAGGAGCAUCGCACCUCUCCACUGGAAUCUCUCCAGAUUGUUCAAGUAGAAAUAGUUGAUGUGAAAGAAGAAAACCCAGCAGAACAAACGACAAGCAAUGAAGAGGAGGAAGUUCCUUCUACUCGCUGCAAAACAUUGGGUGCAGAACGUCAAGCCCAUUCAUGUCCUCACUGUGAAAUCUCAUUCACUCGGAAACAGUACCUGGAGAAGCAUAUCAAGGGCACACACCAAGAGGAGUAUGUGCAGAUGCUGAGAGCUCCGUCUUCCCAGGUCUGCCACCACUGCACUGUCUGUGGGAAGACAUUCAGUAAGUCUGGAAACCUCAAAGCACACCAGAGAAUUCACACAGGAGAAAUGCUGUAUCACUGUACUGAGUGUGGGAAGGGUUUCAGUCAGUUAGGAAACCUUAAAACGCACCAGCGAAUUCACACAGGAGAGUCGCCGUACAGCUGCAGCGAGUGUGGGAGGAGUUUUCGUGUGUUAGGAAACCUUAAAAAACACCAGCGGAUUCACACAGGAGAAACACCCUACCACUGCACUGACUGCGAGCGCAGCUUCAGUCGCUUGGAGACCCUGAAAGUUCACAAGCGGAUUCACACAGGAGAGACCCCGUAUUGCUGCUCGGAGUGUGGGACGUUCUUCAGUCACUCCACUACUCUCAAAGCGCACCAGCGCGUUCACUCUGGAGAGACCCCCUACUCCUGCACCGUGUGUGGGAAGAGUUUCAAUCGAUCAGGGAACCUUAAACAGCAUCACCGCAUUCACACAGGGGAGGCGCCGUAUCACUGCUCUGUGUGUGGGAAGAACUUCAGAAUCUCGGGAGAUCUCAAAAAACACAAGCGCAUUCACACAGGAGAGAAGCCAUAUUACUGUACUGAAUGUGGGAAGAGAUUUACUUAUCUGUACCAGCUGAAAAUUCACAGCUGCGCUUGUGUAUGAAAAUAAACCCCUGCAAUAUGUAGCGGAUCAUUUGUAAUAAUUGACCUAAAGAGAGUGAAUUCUAGAUUCAUUCAGGGUCACAUUGUACAUUCCACUGAAUCUAUACAGCAGAUACGCCUGUCAAACGGUAGCCAGUUCAGCAAGUGUUUUACAAUGACGUGUGCUAGCAGAACUCUUUUGUUCAGUGCUGACUAAGUCAGGGAACAAUAUUGCCAUUUUUCAAAUAUGACAAAUAUUAUAGCUGUUCUGCUUCUCCUAAACCACAAGAUGGCACAUGUGAGUCACAGGCAGUAAAAUGCUCUUUAUGUCUCUUGCUACUGUCUGUCCUGUACAUCAGGAGUUCUCAAACUUUUUUUGUUGACGGACCCAUUUUCACAUGUAACAUUAAUCACGGACCCCCUACUGAGAAACUGACUGACAAAAGUAUAUAAAAUGUACUUAUAAACACAUACUGUUAAUAAUGCUUAAAGAAAAAAAGUACACAGCACUUACAGAUACUGCAGAUGUCAGUGAGAUGGGUGGGCCUGCUUCUUACUGCAGAGUCUGUCUAUCCUUGGUGUGAUGGUUGACAAGCAAACUCGCAAAUCAUUCUCCACUUCUAAUCGGGACCUGAGCUUUGUCUUCAUAGCUGCCAAAGCAGAGAACGAUGCUUCACAUAUAUAUGUUGUUGGGAAAGGUAGCAGCACUUUCAUGGCUUCUUUUACUAAGACUGGGUACUCCACUGCAACAGUUGGCCAAAACUGGUAAGGGGCUUGUUCCUGAAACUUAAUUUUCAGCGUGCGGUCACAGGAGAGUUCGACCAGCUCUUGUUCUGCUUUUCCACUCAAGCGACAGGUUGACGUAGCAAAAGUUGAAAAUGGAUCUCGAACCCAAUCGUAUUCCUCCAUGUAUAAAUUUUUAAAGUAAACUCCGAAGUACUCUGCCAAAGUUGAAAGGUGAGCAACGAUAGUGUCACACAGUCAACUGUCAUGCUGUUCGUAUCCAGGAAUUCUGUCAGUUGCGGAAACAUUUUGGAGAUUCCAUUGCUCACUCUUGUUUUCCAAAUGUCUAGUUUCUUCGUAAAUGAUGCAAUCUUGUCACUCACCUCAAGUAUGGUUGUAUUGCCCCCUGGUGUGGACAGGUUCAGGGCAUUCAACAAGUUAAACAUAUCUGCGAGGUAUGCAAGCUUUGUGAUCCAUAGCGUGUCAGAAAAGUUUUUGGCAAGUGUAGGAUUAUGCACAGAAAGAAAGCCCAGCAGUUCUUUGCGAAGUUUGAAAACUUGUUCCAACACUCUGCCGCGAGAUAACCAACGCACCUCCGUGUGAAACAAUAAUUUGUCAUAUUCAGCACCCAUUUCGGAACACAACUUUGAAAACAGGCGUGAAUUCAAAGGCCUGGACUUCAGAAAAUUCACAACUGUAACAGCAUGUAAUUCGGGUUCCAUUUUCUUUGAUGCAAGGGCCUGGCGAUGCAGCAUACAGUGUGUGACAAUUACGUUUGGGUUUAUAGCUUGUAUUCUUGCUACAACACCAUUCCUGUUGCCUGUCAUAGCGGCCGUGACCGUGACGUCUGUACAAACAGCAACACACUUCUCCCAGUUUAGAGAUUCAGCUUUCAUGAAAUCAUCCAAUCAUUUUAAAAUGUCUUCACCUGUUGUACGUUCUGGUAACUCCUGACAAAAAAACAAAAUCUUCCACAAUUUACCCCAACCAAACAUAACGAACAUAAACUAACAAUUGUGCGGCAUUACCAACAUCUGUUGUCUCAUCAAGCUGAACUGCAAACUGCUCACACGUACGUAGCCUUUCGGUGAGCCGGCAUUUCAAAUCACUUGAAAGCUCUUCAAUUCUCCUACUUACUGUGUCAUUAGAAAGUGGUAUGGCCUUCAGUUUCUUCGCUGCAUCUUCGCUAACCAUCACUUCGCACAUUUCUACAGCAGCUGGAAGAAUCAGUUCUUCUCCAAUAGUAUGGGCCUUUUUACUCUUUGCAAUCCGAAGCGCUGUUAAGAAGGGUGCUUUCAGAGCCUUUUCUGGAACCGUUGUUAUGUUUGUCAUUUUAGUUUUCUGUUGAUUGUAUUCUUUCUUUCUUUUAAAAAAGUCUCUGGAUUUAUCUUUGUAUUCCGGGUGCCUUGUAGUAAGAUGUCGUUUCAGCUUUGCAGGUUUCAUUGCUUCAUUUGACAGAAUUUGUAAGCAUGCAACGCAUUGCGGCCGCCCAUCACUGAAUUCCAUAAAACCAAAAUCAAUGUAACUGUCAUCAAACUUUCUCUUCUUUUGCUUUUUACUGGACUCGGCAUUGUCACUGCCUUCAGCACAACUAGCAGUACAUGGACGUUUUAAAUACUUAUCCAUUUUUCUUAAUGUUUGCUCACUCACUAUUUAUUUUCUCUCUCACUGAUAUCUUUCACUUCCACCUGCCAAAUACGUCUCAGACUGACAUCACUGAGCUCUUGUCGUAAGCAUUUCUGCAUUUGACGCUUAUUAGUAGGCUUACCAUAGUUUUCAUAUUAACCGGCGAGAUUUGAGAACAUUUUGAAGUUGCCUUUAAACUGCAAUAUGUUUUUAUCUGUAAGUAUUACGCCUUUGUUAAUAUGUAAAGUUUAAUUAAUCUUGCUGAUUAAUUUUUCUGAUUUGAUCGGGAGUGCAUAUUAUUAGGGCAAUAUUAAUUAUUAAUAGAAUGUAAAAAGAGACAGUUGACACUGCAAAAAAAACAUGAAUGAAAAAAAACAUUUAAUCAUUUUAAUUAUUAUUAUUGCUGUGUACGGAGUUACGCAGGUGUAAUGCUUAAUUUACACGAUACUUUAUUUCAGUUAAGGGUAACAUUAAAAUCCCAUUCUGUCUCCCCAGCGGUGACUGGGGUACUAUUCUCCUCAAUGUUAGUAACUCUUACUGUACUAUGUUUCUGCACCACUAAGUAAUUAUGAUUAUAUGCGUCUGUUCCGGUAGGGAUUGCAUACGUGCGGUGAGAUUUUUUUUCCCCUAAUAUUUUGCGGACCCCCUGGGCAGUCUCUAAGGACCCCCAGGGGUCCGCGGACCCCAGUUUGAGAACCCCUGCUAUACAUGUUGAUUUCAUGUAAAAUAAAUACCACAAGCAAAUGUGCUUUAUUGAGUUUCGCUUUAGCCAGAAGUAUGUGUAGUUUUUAUUGUUAGCGCACUGUUUUGCCUUUUGAGAGAGCAGGAGGUCGGGGUCAUGUAGAGAUUGGGGUGUCUGUCUGUCUGUCUGUCCGUCACACUUAUGUUUGCCUCUGUCUGAAGAACUGCUUAUCCAGUUGUCAGAAGUCUUGGUAUAAACGUUAUUUAGCUUUAAGUUGUUGAGAAUAUCAUAUCCUCGAGGGGUUUCUGUCGUACAUCUGUAUGUCACACUUUUCUGCUUGCAUCUGGAGAACCGCUUAUCAAAUUGAAACAGUCUGUUGCUAAUUCUUAUUCUUUACUACUCUAUACAUACUGAGAAUAUAUGGCAUGGUCUGUAUUCUACUGAUAGCUCUCAUUUUGACUUUCCAGCCGUGGCACCUUCUAUAACAUACAUUUUUCAAACAAAUACCCCUUACUUUAGGACUGAGGAGAUGGCAUUCUUUCAACCUCUCCUCAUAGAUCUCAAAUAUUGUGUACUGGGAGGAGCUUUGCACCUUCCAGUUUCUUUUAAUUACAUGCAAAAGGAAUAUGCUGUUUAUUUGCAUAAUUCAAUCACUCUGAUAAACUCUUACCUGAUGAAAGAUGACAGCAGCCUGAAGCGCUGCCAGGGACUGUCUCUUAUGCAGAACUCAGCUGUAAAAUCAGCAACAUGCCGAAGUAUGCAUAUACCUCAUCAUGCACCUCUCAUUUCAAUCAGUGCACAGGCACUGUUGCAGGAAGGAGCAUGAACUGGAUACACUGCGGUGUUCAGAAGAAAAAAAAUCUCUUUCUGCUGGUGAACAUUCCUGAGUAAAAUGAAUUCUUCUUAAAUGACCUAGGAUGUGUGAAUAAAAAAAUAUCAAAACUACCAGGAAUGUUUUGAAGAGAAUUCAAAAUUGGCUUAGAUCUGGAGAACAACAAAUACAGCAAAGGGAAGUAAUGUGUUUCUUGUGAACACUGCAGGGCGUUCUGGAUCAUGUUAAAAACAGAAAGGGUAAUUACUGAAUUACUGUCUAAAUGUGAACGGUGCAGUAACCUCUAUCUCUCUCCCCUUUUCUCUCACACAGUGGAGGCCUCAUCUGUAAUCUCACUCUUUUCCUUAAGAUGUAAUUAAAAAAUAACUCUUUUAGUUGAAUUCUAACCAGAAAAAUUAAAUUACAGAACACCCAUUGACUUUGUCAGCACUCAUACUGGUGCUAGUUCCUAUGUGUUAAAUCUUGUUGCAAAAUAAAUAAAACCUGUCUAAUACAGCCCUUCUACAACCGGCAUGCAGGGUAUGUCCUGUGGGUACGGUACACACACAGUCAAAUCCAAACACAA